AUGGAAAAGAAACCCCUGGAGAGUAAAAAGGGUCCCCCCCACAGAGAAGUCCCCCUGGCAGUGUUGUUGCUACUUGCGAUGGUGCUCAUGAACACGCUCCUCUACCUCUGCCUGGAUCAAUUCUUUAUUUCCCCCCGACAUUCCACGGUGGAACCCAGCCACUGCCCGUUCGGUUUCUUCAGGAUGGGACCAAUGAAAAACUGCUCCCCGUGGCUGUCCUGUGAGGAGCUGAGAACAGAAGUGAGACAACUGAAACGCGUUGGGGAAGGAGCUGUGAAGAGAGUCUUCCUGUCUGAGUGGAAGGAACGCAAAGUUGCUCUCUCACGGCUCACCAGUCUGGAAAUGAAAGAGGAUUUCCUCCAUGGUCUGCAAAUGCUGAAAUCUCUGCAGAGUAAACACGUUGUGACGCUGCUUGGUUACUGUGAAGAGGACCACACUAUUCUUACUGAAUACCACCCCUUGGGUUCCUUGAGCAACCUUGAAGAAACCCUAAACUUUUCCAAGUAUCAACAUGUGAACACUUGGCAGCACCGUCUGCAGCUGGCUAUGGACUACGUGGGCAUCAUUAACUACCUGCACAACAGCCCCCUGGGCACGCUGGUCAUGUGUGACUCCAACGAUCUGUCCAAGACGCUCUCCCAGUACCUGCUGACAAGUAACUUCAGCAUCGUGGCCAAUGACCUGGACGCCUUGCCCCUGGUGAACCACAGCUCGAGGACCUUUGUCAAGUGCGGUCACAGGCAGCUCCAUGGGGAUUUUGUGGCUCCUGAGCAGCUGUGGCCCUAUGAAGAGGACUUGCCUUUUCACGACGACCUCAUGCCUUCAUAUGAUGAGAAGAUCGACAUCUGGAGAAUUCCUGACAUCUCCAGUUUCCUUUUGGGGCAUGUUGAAGGGAGUGAUAUGGUGCGAUUCCAUUUGUUUGAUAUUCAUAAGGCAUGUAAGAGCAAGACUCCUGCAGAAAGGCCCACGGCUCAGGAUAUUCUAGACACUUAUCAAAAAGUUUUGAAUUCACUUCGAGAUACUGUCAUGACUCAGACAAGAGAAAUGCUGUAA